UAUUUUGUCGUUGUGCAGCGCGGGAGUUGGUGUUUUGUGUGUUGAUGUUGGACCUGUGCUAUAAUUCAAAUAUUAGUCUUAAGUUAGCACCAGGUGAAGCAAGACUUUGAAGACAACAUGCAGCGGAGCAUUGCAUCUUUCUUUCAGCCCAAGAGCAAAGACAAGGAUGUUCCGAAGAAAACUACAGAUGAACCGGUGAAAAAACCUGCCAAAAGCCCUCUGAAGGUGCAGAACGGCGUCCAGGAAGCUGAUUCACCCAUCAAGAAGGUUGCCAAACGCAGCCGUCAGAUCCUGGACAGCGACGACGACGAGGCGCCGGUCAUUAAAGAACAAGUCGCUACCAAGGGACAGGGAGACAAAACAGAAAAGAAGGACGAUGUGUUUAAGGCAGUUCCUACCCCCCUGUCUCCUCCACCUGCCCCCGCAACCCCCGCCACUCCAGCCACCCCGGCCUCUUCGGCUUCACCUGGGACCCCUGACACCCCAAACUCCAUCUCCCCCUCUGGGAUCGUAAAACGCAAAACAGCGAGGAAGAUGUUCCCAAAGAGGAAGCUUGAUGAGAGCAGGGCUGGCAGCGAGAGUCCGAGAGAGGAGGCCGAGGCCAAGGAGGAGCAGGGUCAGCGAAACAAACGACCCCGUGUGGAGAGCAGUGCUGGCAGCGCAGGGAACCCCGGUGAACCCAUGGAGGAGGGAGCAAAGGAAGAAAGAGUUGAAAAGCCGGUGACCGAAGAUAACGGCCCAGAUGAGGAGGUGGAGAACAAGAAGAAAGAGGAAGGAGAGAAGGUCGGGGAGGAGGAGGAGGAGCAGGUGGAGAGCUGCAGCUCUGAUGAGAAAGGAAAAAAAGCUGAGGAGGCGGUAAAGGAAAACGAAGCAAACGAGAAGACAGAUGAUGAGAAAGGGCCUUCCGUUGCCAAGAAGGAGGUGGUUGAGAAGGACGUGCAGGAGGGAGAGGAGAGUCCGAAAAGUCAAAUGGCAAAAGAGCAGAAAGAGGAAAAAGAGCAGAAAGAUAAGGAGCCGCCGAAGAAAGCGCCCAUCAGCAGUUUCUUCGCUCCCAGAAAAGCCGCAGUGAAGACGGAGAAACCAGACGUGAAUGAAGGAGCGAAAGCGGCGAGUGCAGAGAGGAAGGCUUCAGCAGAGGAGAGCAAAGACACGAAAGGUGAGUCAACCUCGGGACCAACGGACUACAAUCCAUCCAGGGCCAACUACCAUCCCGUGGACCACGCCUGCUGGAAGCAGGGCCAGAAAGUGCCGUACUUGGCGGUGGCUCGCACGUUUGAGAAAAUUGAAGAGGACUCUGGCAGGCUGAGAAACAUCGAGACGCUGUCGAACUUGUUUCGCUCCGUGCUGCUGCUCUCUCCAGAUGACCUGCUGUGCUGUGUGUACCUGUGUUUGAACCAGCUGGGUCCUGCUCACCUGGGGAUGGAACUUGGCGUUGGAGAGACGGUGCUGAUGAGAGCUGUUGCUCAAGCAACUGGGCGACAAUUGGACAAAAUCAAGGCAGAGGCGCAGGAGAAAGGCGAUUUGGGCCUCGUGGCCGAGAGUUCCCGUAGCAACCAGCGCAUGAUGUUCCAACCGGCCAGUCUGACAGCAGGGGGCGUGUUCAGGAAAUUGAAGGAAAUUGCCAGCAUGAGUGGGAACUCGGCCAUGAAUAAGAAAAUCGACAUCAUCAAAGGCCUCUUUGUGGCAUGCCGCUUUUCCGAGGCCCGCUACAUAGUCAGGUCCCUGGCUGGGAAGCUGAGGAUAGGCCUGGCUGAGCAGAGUGUCCUAUCAGCACUAAGCCAGGCUGUGUGCCUGACGCCCCCCGGACAAGGUUUCCCUCCCGCUGUGAUCGACGCAGGGAAGGGGAUGAGCGCUGAGAGCAGGCGGGCCUGGAUCGAAGAGAAGAGUCUCAUUCUCAAACAGACUUACUGCGAGAUGCCCAAUUACGACGUCCUUAUCCCGGUCCUGCUAAAAGAGGGCAUAGACGAGCUACCCAAUCACUGCAAGCUCACUCCAGGCAUACCGCUGAGGCCCAUGCUGGCUCACCCCACCAAGGGUGUCGGCGAGGUGAUGAAGAAGUUUGACGAGGCGGCGUUCACCUGCGAGUACAAAUAUGAUGGAGAGCGUGCACAGAUUCACAUUCUGGAGAGCGGUGAGGUUCGAAUAUUCAGCCGCAACCAGGAAGACAACACCAGCAAAUACCCCGAUAUCAUCUCUCGCAUUCCCAAGGUGAAGAAGGACUCCGUGGUGUCCUGCGUUCUGGACUCGGAGGCGGUGGCCUGGGACCGUGAGAAGAAACAGAUCCAGCCCUUCCAGGUCCUCACCACCCGCAAGAGAAAGGACGUGGAUGCCUCGGAGAUCAAAGUCCAAGUGUGUGUGUACGCCUUUGACCUCCUCUAUCUCAACGGCGAGUCCCUGGUGCGACAGCCGUUGUGUCGGCGUCGGGCUCUGCUGAAAGAAAGCUUCUCAGAGGUGGAGGGAGAGUUUGUGUUCGCCCGAUCCAUCGACUCUGACAACACCGACACCAUCGCUGAGUUCCUGGAGCAGUCUGUCCGAGACUCCUGCGAGGGCCUAAUGGUGAAGACUCUGGAGAAAGAUGCCACCUAUGAAAUUGCCAAGCGCUCUCACAACUGGCUCAAGCUUAAAAAGGACUACCUGGAGGGGGUGGGCGACACAGUGGACCUCUGUGUGAUUGGCGCCUACCUGGGAAAAGGCAAGAGGACGGGCACCUACGGGGGCUUCCUGCUGGCCUGCUACGACGAGGAUAACGAGGAGUUCCAGUCCGUCUGCAAGAUCGGGACAGGCUUCAAGGAUGAAGAUCUGGAGCAGCAUUACAAGUUCUUAAAGGAGCACAUUCUGCCCAAGCCCCGCGCCUACUACCGCGUCGACCAAUCAGCAGAGCCCGACGUGUGGCUGGACGCCGUGCAGGUUUGGGAGGUGAAGUGCGCCGACCUGUCGCUGUCGCCCGUCUACAAGGCCGCCAUGGGAAUGGUGGAUCCAGAAAAGGGCAUUUCUCUGAGGUUCCCCCGCUUCCUUCGGAUCAGAGACGACAAGAAGCCCGAGGACGCCACCACCGGAGCUCAGAUCGCCGAUUUGUACAAGAAGCAGCAGCAGAUUCAGAAUCAGGGGGAGCGAGCUGACCCGGAGGACUACUACUAAUCGCCUGUGGAGGGAAGAGCAGAGAAUGAUAAAUAAUGGCAAUUUCAGAAAUAAUUGUAAAUAGCAUCUUUCUUUUUGUAAUGUUGAAUGAAAAUAAAGGCUCUUGCCAGUUU